CCCCAGGAUGUGUGGUAUAUGGGCUUUGUUUGGCAGUGAUGAGUGCCUGUCGGCUCAGUGCACCAGCGCUAUGAAGAUCGCCCACCGGGGCCCCGAUGCCUUUCGCUUUGAGAACAUCAACGGCUUCACUAACUGUUGCUUCGGCUUCCAUCGACUGGCUAUCGUAGACCAGCUGUAUGGCAUGCAGCCCAUCCGCGUCAAGAAGUUCCCCUACCUCUGGCUUGUCUACAACGGAGAGAUCUACAACCACCACACUGUAGGUCUAGCCCUCCACAUUGUUUCACUGUUUCACAAAUCCCAGGCUCAAUAGAUCUACAAACACCACAGUAGUUAUGGCCCAUAGACAUAUAAGGUAUGCCUGGAAUCCACAUUGUGUCACUGUUGUUUCAUGUCACAAAUCCCAGGCUAUGGUAGGAGAUCUACAAACCACACAGUAGUUACGGCCCAUAGACAUAUAGUAAGGUAUAGCCUGAAAUCCAAACUUCUGGACCCCAGGCUACUGUAGGUAAGGAGAUGGGACCAGGCCUCAGGGAACUCUAGUAUCUGGCCAAGUUUUGGUGUGGAACGUAUUCAGUUUCUACUUGCUAGUCACGAAGCAGGGAUAUACUAUGGCUUUAGGCCAGGUAACUCCUCCUUUCUUACUAUCUCUAUGCCAAAGGGACAUACGUGGCCAAAGAAGUUAAGCAAACUUUUGUUCAUGUGAGUUUGGGAAAACAGGGACGGAAGAAAGUCAUUAAUAUCUUCAAAGAUCAUAUUGAUAAAAAUGGCAUUAAGUUAUUAUCUCACAUCUUUUGUGCCCUGCAUAAUUGUUGGAUGUGAUUGUGCAUACACUACUUACAAUCCAUUGUGAUUCAGUGAUAAGCAUGUAUUUAUUUGGACAGUGAAGCAAAAUCUUUUCAUUUAUCUCUAUACUCCAGCAUUUUGGAUUUGAGAUCAAAUGUUUUAUAUGAGGUGACAUACAGAAUGUAACUUUUUAUUUGAGGGUAUUUUCAUACAUAUCUGUUUUACCGUUUAGAUAAUGAGUGAGAAAGUAACAGAGGCAUAAAUAUCAUACCCCCUAAAAAUGCUAACCUCCCCUGUUAUUUGUAAUGGUGAGAGGGUGGCAUGUUUUGGGGGCAUGAUCUUGGUGCAUCUGUAACUUUCUCACUCAUCAUUAUUCACGAUUCAUUACAUUUACAUUUUAGUCAUUUAGCAGACGCUCUUAUCCAGAGCGACUUACAGUUAGUGAGUGCAUACAUUUUCAUACUGGCCCCCCGUGGGAAACGAACCCACAACCCUGGCGUUGCAAGCGCCAUGCUCUACCAACUGAGCUACAGGGGACAUUCAUGAUUAUCUGUAAUCAUGGUAGCAUCCACAUAAAUGUAGAAGUAUUCAGAAACAUAUUAUAUUUUUAUUUGCAAUAAAAGUGACUCCAAAAUGACACUGUACAUUAUUUACUAUUUCAUUUAUAUUGGGCACAACAUAAUCCGAAACACAACCAAAACAAACAGCAAAUGCAUCCAACAAGUUUGUAGAGUCACAAGCUUGAUGUAGUCAUUGCGUGCCAUGAAUAUGGGAACAGAUACUAAACUUUUGACUAAAUGUAAUACACUAUAAGUGAAUUUGUCCAAAUACAUGGCACCUUCAAAUGGGGGGACUAGAUACAUACAGUGCAUUCAUUUCCAAACGGUAAAAUAGAUAUACAGUGCCUUGGGGAAGUCUUCAGACCCCUUGACUUUUUCCACAUUUUGUUACGUUACAGCCUUAUUCUUAAAUUGAUUAAAUCGUUUUUUUCCCUCAUCAAUCUGCACACAAUACCCCACAAUGACAAGGCAAAAACAGGUUUUUAGACAUUUGUACAAAUGUAUACAAAUUUUAAAACUGAAAUAUCACAUUUACAUAAGUAUUCAGACCCUUUACUCAGUACUUUGUUGAAGCACCUUUUGCAGCGAUUACAGCCUUGAGUCUUCUUGGGUAUGACACUACAAGCUUGGCACACCUGUAUUUGGGGAGUUUCUCCCAUUCCUCUCUGCAAAUCCUCAAGUUCUGUCAGGUUGGAUGGAGAGCGUUGCUGCGUAGCUAUUUUCAGGUCUCUCCAGAGAUGUUCGAUUGGGUUCAAGUCCGGGCUCUGGCUGGGCCACUCAAGGACAUUCAGAGACUUGUCCCGAAGCCACUCCUACGUUGUCUUGGCUGUGUGCUUAGGGUCGUACCCCAGUCUGAGUUCCUGAGCACUCUGGAGCAGGUUUUCAUCAAGGAUCUCUCUGUAUCUUUGCCUCGAUCCUGACUAGUCUUCCAGUCCCUGCCGCUGAAAACCAUCCCCACAGCAUGAUGCUGCCACCACCAUGCUUCACCGUAAGGAUGGUGCCAGGUUUCCUCCAGAUGUGACGCUUGGCAUUCAGGCCAAAGAGUUCAAUCUUGGUUUCAUCAGACCAGAUAAUCUUGUUUCUCAUGGUCUGAGAGUCUUUAGGUACCUUUUGGUAAACUCCAAGCGGGCUGUCAUGUGCCUUUUACUGAGGAGUGGCUUUUGUCUGGCCACUCUACCAUAAAGGCCUGAUUGGUGGAGUGCUGCUGAGAUGGUUGUCCUUCUGGAAGGUUCUCCCAUUUCCACAGAGGAACUCUGAAACUCUGUCAGAGUGACCAUCAGGUUCUUGGUCACCUCCCUGACAAAGGCCCUUCUCCCCCGAUUGCUCAGUUUGGCUGGGCGGCCAGCUCUAGGAAGAGUCUUGGUGGUUCCAAACUUCUUCCAUUUAAGAAUGAUGGAGGCCACUGUGUUCUUGGGGACCUUCAAUGCUGCAGAAAUGUUUUGGUACCCUUCCCCAGAUCUGUGCCUCGACACAAUCCUGUCUCGGAGCUCUACGGACAAUUCCUUUGACCUCAUGGCUUGGUUUUUGCUCUGACAUGCACUGUCAACUGUGGAACCUUAUAAAGACAGGUGUGUGCCUUUCCAAAUCAUGCCCAAUGAAUUGAAUUUACCACAGGUGGACUCCAAUCAAGUUGUAGAAACAUCUCAAGGAUGAUCAAUGGAAACAGGAUGCACCUGAGCUCAAUUUUGAGUCUCAUAGCAAAGGGUCUGAAUACUUAUGUAAAUAAAGUAUUUGUUUUUUAUUUUUAAUAAAUUUGCAAAAAGGUAUACAAACCUGUUUUCGCUUUGUCAUUAUGGGGUAUUGUGUGUAGAUUGCUGAGGACUUGUUUGUAUUUAAUCCAUUUUAGAAUAAGGCUGUAACGUAACAAAAUGUGGAAAAAGUCAAGGGGUCUGAAUACUUUCCGAAGGCACUGUAUGUAUGAAAAUACCCUCAAAUAAAAGGAGACAUUCUGUACUGUCGCCUCAUAUAAAACAUUUGAUCUCAAAUCCAAAAUGCUGGAGUAUAGAUCACAGUGGUAUAAAGUACUAAUGUGAAAAUACUUGAAAGUACUUCCUAAGUAGUUUUUUUUUGGGUAUCUGUACUUUACUAUUUAUAUUUUUGACAACUUUUACUUUUACUCCAUUACAUUCCUAAAGAAAAUAAUGUACUUUUUACUCCAUACAUUUUCCCUGACACCCAAAAGUACUUGUUACAUUUUGAAGGCUUAGUAGGACAGGAAAAUUGUCAAAUUCGCGCACUUAUUAAGAGAACAUCCCUGGUCAUCCCUACUGCCUCUGAUCUGGCGUACUCACUAAACACAAAUUCUUUCUUUGUAAAUUAUGUCUGAGUGUUGGAGUGUUCCCCUGGCUAUCCGUAAAUUAAAAAAACAAGACAAUUGUGCCCUCUAGUAUGCUUAAUAUGAGGAAUUUGAAAUGAUUUAUUAUUUUACUCUUGAUACUUAAGUUCUGUAUAUAUUUGCAAUUGCAUUUACUAUUGAUACUUAAGUAUAUUUAAAACCAAAUAGUUUUAGACUUUUACUCAAGUAGUAUUUUACUGGGUGACUUUCACAUUUACUUGAGUCAUUUUCUAUUAAGGUAUCUUUACCUUUACUUAAGUAUGACAAUUGGGUUCUUUUCCCACCACUGAUAGAGCCAAAUUAAACAUUUUUGCUUCACUGUCAAAAUAAAAAUGUAGGUGAGUGUAUGUCAUGAGCAUGUAUGACCACUUGUAAUGUCUUAUAUCUCAUAAUAAUCCUAAUACUUUUCUCCAUCUUCCUCCCUCUUUAGCUGAAGAAUCAGUUUGAGUUUACUGACUACCAGACCAAAGUAGACGGUGAGAUCCUUCUUCACCUAUACGAGCGCUUCGGCAUUCAGAAGAUGGCAUCCCUAUUGGAUGGAGUGUUCGCCUUCAUCCUCCUGGACACAGCCAAUAGGAAGGUGUUCCUGGGGAGGGAUACGUAUGGCGUGCGGCCCAUGUUCAAACUACUGACCGACGACGGCUUCCUGGCUGUGUGCUCUGAGGCUAAAGGUGAGAGGGGACUACUUACUUAAUAUCUCCUUUGGGGUUGAGCGGUUUUGGUUGCUACACAAGUGGAUUAAAGAACAAUCCCUAUUCAGGAUAGGAUAGGAUGAACUUUAAAGUCACAGAGUGAAGAAAAAAAAUCAUCUACUCAAGUACAAUUUAAGAAAAUGUUAAGAUGUUGUUACUAGUAUGUACUGACAGUGUUACUACACAGGUAUGAUAACAACAACUUAAUGUAAAGUGUUACCAUGUUCGUUCUUAAACAGAUGUUUUUUGUGUUUGUUCCCAGGUCUGACUGAUAUCACCCACUCAAUGUCCUCACCUCCUAAGAUCACUCCGUUCCUCCCAGGACACUUUGAGGUGUUUGACCUGAAGCCCACAGGGAAGGUAGAGUCUGUUCAGAUGGACCGCUUCCACUGCUGCACCCAGGAGCCCAACCACGCUGCCUAUGACACGGUAGAGAGGCUAUCCUCAGGUACACACACCUAUCCAUAAUAUUUCCAUAACUUCACCAUCUUGAUUGAUGUGGCUAUAAUGUGAGUCAAGGUCAUUAUGUAACAGUGCCACUACCUAUAGCUAGCUAUCUGUGAAAGGUGACAAAUGUUGUUUGACACCUAAGAUGAGGGGAGGAAUGGCUCACUGAUUAUUGUUUCAGGAUGCACGUCUUUGGUAUUGAGGGUAUUGCCAUGAAUGAAGCCUGUUGUCCAACUGAAAUCAUUAUAGUCACUGACAAUAGGAGUUGGAUGUGUAGUAUGUUAGAGUUGAUUUGCUGGUCUUUAACCAUUCAGUUGACUGGUCCCUGUGUUAUGACAGUAAGAUCUCUUGCUGUCCCCGGUAGGUUUUGUCCCAGAGACAGUGAAGAGCAACAUCCGGUCUUUGUUUGAGAACGCUGUCCGGAAACGCCUCAUGGCCCACAGGAGGAUUGGAUGUCUUCUCUCAGGUACAAAUAAUGAUUAUUACAGAGUAUCUUUGCUUCUUUGUGUAGUGUCACACGUGAAAGCUUGUGGCUUGAGUAAGUAAUGCUUGAGGUCUGUUACUUGUUGUUUUCACUUAUGCUUGUCUGCGCAAAUACAUCAAUGAAAAUACAUUCAUAUUAUCAUUACACCAUAGGUCAAAUUAAACGUGUGAUAAGCUAGUAAAUGAUGUAUAUGACUGUUAUUAUAUAUUUCUGCCAGGUGGUCUGGACUCCAGUCUGGUGGCAGCUACGCUGGUCAAACUGGCCAAAGAAGAGAAGUUGAAAUACCCCAUCCAGACCUUCGCUAUCGGGGCUGAAGACAGCCCAGACAUCCUGGCUGCUCGCAAGGUGAGUGAGGCUCUCUCCAUCCUCCAUAGAGAGACUCUGCAUUAUAAUAAUGAUGAUGAUAUUGUUAUGGAACGGGCUGGGUAGGUUAGGUCUUAGGAGCAUGAUUAGACACUACCACUUCCAGGGGGUAGCAGCAACCGGGUCCAGGUGCUCUGUCAAGCCUUGAUGAAGCCCACAGGUGCAGGCAAUCAGGUUGAGCGUGAAUCCUUCAGAGAGAGGUGGGCAUAGAGCCUUUCGGCCUGCCAGUCUUUGUUUUUUUGUUUUAGUUAACCUUUUUAGUUUUGGAGCGGUCUUUUGACGUUUAUUUUUGUAAAUAUGUAUUUUGGUCACCCUUUUCAACAACAAACAAUACUCUGCUUGGGCUAGCCGACCCAUAGGAGUCAGGACGGAGCUGGCCCUGGAUCCGGGUAAAUUUGCUGUCUCCUGGGCACAUGUACAUACAGCACGGUCCUCAUACGCUGAUUUCUCACGUAGUUGCACAUCUUAAAUCAGGUUACAGACCAGUUAACUAGGCCUAAGACUCCUAUACUUAGCUAGUGCAACAAUAUUAGCAGGCUAGUCAUUUGGUUUUGUAACAAUAUAACUUCAUAAUCAGUAAUAAUCCAACUUUAUUUUACCCAAUACAUUACAGCUCACAGGGCAUUACAAAUGAGCAUUUAAAAGAAUAAAAACACAACAUAAUAGAAUAGAAUAAUACAAAUAUAAUGCUAAAGACUCCUUUGUUAAGCAGCCUGUGAAGUCAUUGUUCCCUGUAAUUGUAAAAGAGUAUGUGUUCUCAAUAAGUUGAAGGCAAUAAAUAGAUACAACGUGAAGGAAUGUCUUGGUGAAUGUCUUGUGUUGUUCCAGGUGGCGUCCUACAUCGGCAGUGAGCACCACGAGGUGAACUUCACUCCUGAGGAGGGUCUCAAAGCCGUGGAGGAGGUCAUCUUUCACCUAGAGACCUAUGACAUCACCACCAUACGCGCCUCUGUCGGUGAGAGAGUACACUGUCCCAUCUUAGAUCGGCCUAGACCUCCAAACAUCAAGCAGAAGUGGUAACCCAUUGAAGCUGAAUUAAUAGGCUAUGAGGAUGACGCAUUUGUGAAAUACCUAGACACUAGACAGCUUUUUUGUACCUUCUCAAUGUGCCCACUGACCUGGACAAAGGGAGUCUGGCCAGGCUGCAUUCCUUUUCCUCCUGAUUGGCUGGUUUGAAUCCCAGUGGAAUCCUGGGAGAUUAGUGAGUGUGGCCUGUAAAAGCCUGUCAAUAGAGAGAAGCUAUCAGCCAGACCUGGGCCAAAUAUGUGGAUGAAAUACGUGAUUCAGUUCGCCUGGUACAAUGGAAUAGUCCCAAAAGUACGAACUUGAAGUAAAGACCAAAGUUCAUGUGAUGAUCGGUUUACUUUCAUUUACUUUUUUCAGCCAAAUACAGAUGGUUUUAUUUGCCUCUAGAUGGCGCAAUAACCUUUUAUAAGAAAUGUAUAUUUGGCAAGGGAGUACUUCAACUCAAUUCUGUUUCCAAUCAUCUUUUCUCAUUCUACAGGCAUGUACCUAGUGUCAAAGUACAUCCGUGAGAAGACUGACAGUGUGGUGAUCUUCUCUGGGGAAGGCGCUGAUGAGCUGACACAAGGAUACAUCUACUUCCACAAGGUACUGUUAGUCUGUUCCACAUCAGAGAUGUCAUUCUCUCCCACUCACCAAUGUUCAUGUACCAGACAGGGUUGUGGUGAAUGCAGUAGUCAAUUCAGGAAGUGAAAAUCUAUAGGACAUUCCUGGUUUGACUUAAUUGAAAAUGGAAUUGAACCCAACCCUGGAACCAGUUGUUAUGUCUGGGAAUAUGACUGAGUUUUUGUGUUUCCUGUUCCAGGCUCCCACUCCCAAGGCGGCAGCAGAGGACAGUGUUCGUCUGAUGAAGGAGCUGUACCUGUUUGACGUGCUAAGAGCAGACCGCACCACCGCUGCACACGGGUAGGGGCAUCAACCUAUCUUUCAAUACAUUCAUUCAUUUUUACAUCCAUUCCUCAAACUUUUCAGACCACUAUCUGCUCUUCUUUCUUUCUUUCUAUCUUUCUUUCUUUCUUUCUUUCUUUCUUUCUUUCUUUCUUUCUUUCUUUCUUUCUUUCUUUCUUUCUUUCUUUCUUUCUUUCUUUCUUUCUUUCUUUCUUUUGAGAAGCUAUAGGUUCAAUACAGAAGAUCUAGGAUUUAAAGAUGGCAUCUAACUGACUUUCCUCUUCUCUCUACAGUCUGGAGCUGAGAGUGCCUUUCCUGGACCACAGGUUCACAGCGUACUACCUCUCCCUGCCUGAGGAGAUGAGGCAACCUAAGGUCAGUCUUCUCAGCCCUAUCACUAUAUCCUCACUAUCCCAAUCUACCUAUCCCCUACAUUUGGCUCUGAUGAGAUGGUGGAGUAUGAAAUCGGAAGUAAUGUAUUAUUGCAAAAGUGGAAAAUAUGUGGAUUGAGUGAUUGUUGUAAGUGUUGUGUAUCCAAAUCAGAGUCCUUGCGGCAAAAAUCAGUCUCUAAACAUGUAAAGGAUUCCAGUGCUAUAAUUCCAAACAGUUCAGUUUCACUGAGGGAUGUGUGUGUAACCAGGAUGGAGUGGAGAAGCACCUCCUCAGAGACUCGUUUAAAGGUCUGAACCUGAUCCCAGACGAGAUCCUAUGGAGACGUAAAGAGGCCUUCAGUGACGGAAUGACGUCUGUCAAGAAGUCCUGGUACAACAGCCUGCAGGACCAGAUGGAGUCUGAGGUACACAUUCACACAGUCAGACACACAGCAGGCACGCACAUACACACACCGGCACGCUGGCACGCUGGCACAUCACAUAUACGCACACACACAUUCUGACUCCUUCUUUCUCUCCUCCAAGGUGAACGACUUCCAGCUGGAGAAGGCUCCUAAAACGUUCCCGUUCCUCCCUCCCAGAACCAAAGAGGCGUACUUCUACCGCCAGGUGUUUGAGAAGCAGUUCCCGGGCCAGGCC